AUGUUUGAAAAUGAAGAGAACAUUAGUGCAUUUCUAGGCUACCUCAGUUCAAUGCUAUGCUUAGUCCUUUCAUGUACUGGCGCAGCCUAUGGUUCCGCUCAAGCAGGUUUGGGAUUGUGCCGUGCGGGAAGUAAAAAUCCAAACAUGAUCAUUAAAGGUAUCAUUCCGGUGGCUAUGGCGGGUGUUCGGGGUAUCUAUGGUUUGGUCCUUUCCAUAAUUAUAUUAAGUGGAAUUCAUCCUGAAAAAGGCUACAAAGAAUAUAACGGGAUGAUGCAUUUAGGAGGCGGACUAUGCUGUGGACUAUCUCAAUUUGCAAGUGGUAUUGCUGUUGGAGUCGUUGGAGAAAGUGCUACUCAAGCUGUAGUUCGUCAAUCAAAGUUAUUCGCUCCCAUGGUAUUAAUUCUUAUCUUUACUGAGGCACUUGCUCUGUAUGGUUUAAUUGUUGGCAUGAUAAUGGCCCAGCAAGGGCAAAGGACUGUCGAGACAAGCAUGUAG